UGGUGCGCUCCUAUCGAUCACGUGAGCCGGCUCCAAGAUGGCGGCGGGGGUGGCCGGGUGGGGGGUUGAGGCAGACGAGUUCGAGGAUGCACCUGACGUGGAGCCGCUGGAGCCCACGCUUAGCAACAUCAUUGAGCAGCGCAGCCUCAAGUGGAUUUUUGUCGGGGGCAAGGGCGGCGUGGGAAAGACCACCUGCAGCUGCAGCCUGGCAGUCCAGCUCUCCAAGGGGCGUGAGAGUGUUCUGAUCAUUUCCACAGACCCAGCCCACAACAUCUCAGAUGCUUUUGACCAAAAGUUCUCCAAGGUGCCAACCAAGGUUAAAGGCUACGACAACCUCUUCGCUAUGGAGAUCGACCCCAGCCUGGGUGUAGCUGAGCUGCCUGAUGAGUUUUUUGAGGAGGACAACAUGCUGAGCAUGGGCAAGAAGAUGAUGCAGGAGGCCAUGAGUGCCUUCCCGGGCAUCGACGAGGCCAUGAGCUACGCAGAGGUCAUGAGGCUGGUGAAGGGCAUGAACUUCUCAGUGGUGGUGUUCGACACGGCACCCACGGGCCACACGCUCAGGCUCCUCAACUUCCCCACCAUCGUGGAGCGGGGCCUGGGCCGCCUCAUGCAGAUCAAGAACCAGAUCAGCCCUUUCAUCUCACAGAUGUGCAACAUGCUGGGCUUGGGCGACAUGAAUGCUGACCAGCUGGCAUCCAAGCUGGAGGAGACGCUGCCUGUCAUCCGCUCCGUCAGUGAGCAGUUCAAGGACCCUGAGCAGACAACCUUCAUCUGCGUGUGCAUUGCUGAGUUCCUGUCCCUGUACGAGACGGAGCGUCUGAUCCAGGAGCUGGCCAAGUGCAAGAUUGAUACCCACAACAUCAUUGUCAACCAGCUUGUCUUCCCCGACCCUGAGAGGCCCUGCAAGAUGUGUGAAGCCCGCCACAAGAUCCAGGCCAAGUACCUGGACCAGAUGGAGGACCUGUACGAAGAUUUCCACAUUGUGAAGCUGCCGCUGCUACCCCAUGAGGUGCGGGGAGCAGACAAGGUCAACACCUUCUCCGCCCUCCUGCUGGAGCCCUACAAGCCCCCCAGUGCCCAGUAGCACUGCUGCCUGGCCCAGCUGCUGCCACUUCACACCCACCCUCCACCUCCCCGCUCCCCUCCCCCCGGGGGCAGAGUUUGCACAAGUCCUCCAUAGCACAGGGGGAGCCAUGCGGGAUGUGGGAGGCAGGGAGGGGUCUAUUCCCCCUGGUGGGGUCAGGUUAGGGGGGCAGUAGUCGUCCCCGCUCCUCUCCCUGCCUCUCGUUCCUCAAUAAAAUAAUCUUAAACUGCU